AUGGGCCGAACUAUCGUCGUAACGUGUGGAGCCACGGUCCCCUUCCCCCUAUUGGUCAAAGCCGUGCUUACCGAACAGUUUCUGUACCAACUGAAAACAUGGCGAUUUGAUCGUCUAGUCGUUCAAUACGGAAAGGGCUAUGCAAAUCAUUUCCAACAAACACUUCUGGACCAACUGCCAGGCGUGGAGGGUUCUCCAGGUGCUCUCGCAGACUUGGCAGCUGAUUCAAAAGCUUGGAUAAGUCCCUGUGGUGUUGAAAUAUGCGCUUUUGAAUUCACAACGCGAAUACAGGAUUUGCUGCGGUUACACGCGGACGUGGUUGUUUCGCACGCAGGUACGGGCUCUAUCCUAGACGCCUUGCGCUUACAGAAACCACUGGUGGUGGUGGCCAAUACCGAUCUGAUGGAUAACCACCAAUUGCAAAUAGCUGAAAAGUUCGAGUCACGUGGACACUUAGUCUCCGCUCUGCGUUGCGACACCGAGAGCGUUGUCAGUGCGAUAGAGAAAGUAUUGGCUCAAGCACCACAGCCACUGGCGGACAGCGUAAACGACGAUUUCUCGCGACUUUUGGCUGCCGUGGCGUGGGCCUAG